AUGAUUUCCCUCACAAAACAGGGCGGCAAUACGCACCAGCAGGCCGUUCCCAGGCCUCGCACCGACCGCGUGGUCCCCAAACCCGUCCCGGAGGCUCAGUCCAAGGAUCCCCGCGGCUACCAGCUCGAGCAGCUGCGCAAGCGCUACUCGCCCCGCGAAUCCACCGCCGCGGACGGCACCACCACAUCCCUGGUCUUCCGCAUCAAGCCCUCGGAUCCGGACUUUCCCUUUGAGCUGGAGCACUUGCAGUGCGACCUCCGCGUGCCGGAGGACUACCCCGAUGCUGUCCCCGUCCUGCACGUGCGGAACAGCGAUAUCCCGCGCGGCUUCUGCAUCAACAUUGAGCGCGGGUGGGAGAGGCUCGUCGAGGAACGCCGGGGCGCUACGCUUCUCGCCCUCACCUACGCCCUGGACAAGAACCUGGAAAAGUUCCUGUCCGAGCAGGAGGUGGCUACCGUGAAGUUGGUCACCUACAAGGACGAGGGCGUGAAGGAUACCCGCCACCUCGAGGCCGCCGCCAUCGCGGCCAUCCCGGGCCCGGCGACCCAGAUCACAAAGACGCCAUCCCCGGCCCCGGCGCCGCCUGUGAGGCACUACACUCCUGAGGAGUACUUCACCAAGGAGGAGAUGGCGGCUGCCAAAGCCCGGCGCGCGCAGGAGACGCGGCAGUUGGAGACACGCAUGGGACGGCUGUCUCUGUAUCGCCGAUCGCCGGACGGCAUCGUCUACACGCUCCCUCUGGAGCCUCGUCGCCGUGCCGAGCUAUCUCCCGGGUUGCAAGGCGUCAAGACGGUCCAUCUUAUCGUGCCGCUGCUGUACCCGCUGCAACCGCUGCGUAUCCAGCUCAACGAGUGUGACUCGCAAGACGCCGAGCCCUUGGAGGAGCUCUACGUACAGAAAGCAGCGGAGCAGAAGCAGAUGACUCUCACGAGCCACCUGAACUACUUGGCUCAGAACAUGCACGUCUUAGCAAAGCAAGCAGCGGCGCCGCCUAAGCCUGCUGCUGCUCAGGCGGUGUCAACCCAGGAACCUGAAAAGGAUUCCAAGGCAAAGGCACCGGCCAUGGAUGACGAUGACCGCAGCCAUAUCAAAGUUAUCCCGCGUCCACCGGAAUGGAGCCGUCCCGGCGCCGGUGAAGACAACACAGAUUCGUCAGACAGCUACGAUUCAGAAGACGACUCGGACGAAGGCGGCGCCGACCUCGACGCAGAACCACCCAGCCUCUCCUCCGGCCUCACCCCGGAAAGGGGCACAUCCAUCUCUUUCCCGACCAUCGAGCUCCACAGCAUCGAGCUCUUCCAGGUCUCCAUCCUCAACCUGAGCGUCAAAUGCUCGCGCUGCAAGACCAUCAACGAGAUCACCGGCCUCAAGCACGAGGUCCCCCAGACCUCCACCUGCCGCAAAUGCGCCGCCGGCCUAGCAGCGCAGUUCCGCCAGACGCUCGUCCACGCAAACUCCACCCGCGCCGGCUUCGUCGACCUCACGGGCUGCGCCGUCUCCGACAUGCUCCCCAGCACCUUCGUCCCCGUCUGCGCCAAAUGCUCCACCGCAAGCCAGGGGCUCGUCGCCGUCCGCGGCGACGCCGUCACGAACGUCUGCCGCGCCUGCCACGGCAAAUUCACAUUCAAGAUCCCCACCGUCAAGUUCUUGGCGCUCUCCGCGGGGGGGCUCGCGGCCCCGACGACGGGACCCGUGAAGAGGGCCGAGAAACUCGGUCUCCACGCGGGCACCCCGCUCCCGGACCGCGGCGCCUGCGCGCACUACCGCAAGAGCUACCGCUGGUUCCGGUUCUCGUGCUGCGCGAAAGUGCACCCGUGCGAUCGGUGCCACGACGAGGCGGAGAACCACGUCAACGAGUGGGCGAACCGGAUGGUGUGCGGGUGGUGCAGUCGCGAGCAGCGGUAUUCGCCCGAGGCGUGCGGGUUCUGCGGCCGGAGCGUCAUUGGGCGGAAGGGCAAGGGGUUCUGGGAGGGCGGUAAGGGUACGCGGGACCGUAAGUUGAUGAGUCGUAAGGACCCGAGGAAGUUUAAGAGGGUCGGUGGUGGUGCGGCUGCCGCUGCGAAGAAGGACUGA